AUGGAUGAAGUAUGUUUCCGUAAAACUGACAGAGGGUCGAUACCUGCAGAGGAGUCAAAUCAUUUGCGACUACAACAUCUAAUAGAUAAUGCAGGAAGAGAAGCUGUAAGAGUUGAAUUCGACAAACAGUUUAAUCCAGAAGUUCUUCAGAGUUCUAUACGCCAGAUGAAUUUACUUCAAAAUACUAAUUUAAAUCAAGAGCAACGUGAUUUGCUGCAACCUAGAAAAGGUUGUGUUUCAUCAGAAGCAUUUGACAUAACAUUGAUGAUGGUUUUCUUUAGACAUUUACCAAACCUACAUAUUGGAAGAAGACUUCCGUUAGAGACAGAUGAGAGUACAGCAGCUGAUCUUACUAGAAUCGUUUUCUUUAGAAAUGCAAGAGCACAUAAUAUUCAAGAUUCUGUUAUAGAUGAAUGGUCAAAAAUAGAUAAAAGUGUAGUUGUUUUGACGACAGCAAUAGAUAGCUUAAUGGAUAAAAUUCAGAGCAAUAAUGUCGUAACUGUAAUAGGUUUUUCAGGAAGUGGAAAAUCAACUGCCGCCCGUCGUGUAGCAUUAAACUUAAAACAAGAACAGAAAUAUCAAAUACUGGCCAUGCAUUCACCAAAAGAUUUAAUGACAUAUUACAACAAGGCAAAUCCCAAUGUACGUCUUGAAAACGAGGAAACACCACUAUAUAUCGCAGCAAAUAAAGGACACACCGAUAUUGUUGAAGUAUUACUUGAAAAUGAAUGUGACAUUACUAUUUGUGGAAAUCGGAAAUCUCCACUUUUUAUAGCUGCAAGACUAGGUCAUACCGAGGUUGUACGUUUGUUACUCGAAGGCAAAUUUGAUCCAAAUAUACUCUCUGAGGAUAUCAUGCAUUGCGGACAAUCAUCCUUAUGCAUUGCUUCAAAAUAUGGUCAUACUAAUGCAGCCGAACUAUUACUGAAACACGGGGCUGACAGUAAUUUAAGAACUAAAGAUGGUUUACAUCCUCUGUACAUAGCUUCAAGAGAGGGUUUUAUAGAUAUUGUUAAAUUGUUAAUUGAUUACAAUGCGGAUGUUGAUAGAGUUGUUUAUUUUGAAAUAAACAAGAGACACGCCGUUAUGUUUUCAGAAGCAGAAACCAUUAUAACAAUAGAUUCUUCCUUAUGUGUAGCCUCAGAAAGGGGAUUUUCUGAUAUAGUUCUUUUAUUACUCCAAAACAAAAGUGAUCCAAACUUAUGUAGACUUGACUCAAUGGAUAUAAGCCUGUCCCCUUUAUGUAUAAGCGCAACAUAUGGAUGGAAGACUAUUAUAAAAUUGCUGCUUAAUGACAAAGCGAAUCCUAACUUACAACUGGACCACCAGAACGUUGAACCUCCCCUGUUUAAAGCUUCGGAGAAUGGAUAUUUCGAAAUUGUCAAAAUGUUGCUUAAGAACAAAGCCGAUCCUAAUUUAUGUUCAGUUGAUUACCAGUGCCAGGACCAAAGUCCGUUGUACAAAAGUUGCGAAAAGGGUCAUUUACAAAUAGUGCAAUACCUCCUCGAAAGCAAAGCAGAUCAAAAUAUAUUUGGGAAAAACUUUAAAACGCCUUUAUGUAUCGCUAAAGAAAAAUGUCACCACGACAUUGUUACGCAGUUGAAACAAUUUGAAAAAGAACCACUUUAUGUAAACCUGCAAAAUGUGUUAUGA